AAUCUACUGUUAACAAAGUUUACUGCCCGUCAGGUAACAGGUUCGCUCCUCUGGCAACCCAGUUACAUGCAAAAUAAGCGCAGCUGGCUCUGAACUUGGAGAAUGAUAGGCUGCAGUUCGAGUUGUGCGCAGAGAGGGCGCUGAGGGGACCUUAUAUCUGACACUGCCCGCAAGCAGCGUUCACUCAGAUAGUUCCCAACUUAGUGGAAGGACAGUUCUGAGCGUAGAUUCCAGCAGAAAAGAAAGGUCCUGACACUGACUCCUGGGGAACACCACUUUCAACUAUUCUACAAUCUGAGAAAUGAAUUGCCACCACUUCACGUUAGCUAGAAUGUGAGAGUCCUUCAUCUACAAGAGUAGAUGUAUGACCUGAAGAAAUGAGUGGUAAUGCUACAAGAAACCAGAGUCCUAUGGGAUAAUGACAUCAAUUGGGGCGAUGCUGUGACAGUAGAAGGAACAGGAACAGACCUCGGGACUCUGUCGUCAAAAAGGGUAACUGAGCAGUUCCUGUGCACAUUGAACCAUGGAUCUGAAGAGCAUUACUGUCUUUUUUACUUUAAUGUUAUGGCAAAGUGCUGACUCAGAGAUGCUAACCUCAGUUGAUCCACCCACAAACCUGCAGGUCAUCGAUCCUGGCUACCUGGGACCACUUCGCAUGUGUUGGCAAGCUCCCACCAGUUUAGCCAACAAGAAAUUAUGUGUGCGGUACAUGUUGUCCUAUUGCAAUGUCAAUUCGACAAACUGUAAGCGUGUGAUCACCAAACAACUGGAAUACACUGACGGAUUUAACUUUAAUGAGGAAAUAAUAGUGAAAGUCCGGACCUUGGUUAAAGACCAAUGUAAGAGUGCGAUGGAGUUACAAAGUGACUGGGUAGAAAUAAUAUACAGGCCACCCCUGGAAGGACAUGCAGACUCCAAAGUUAAGGAUUUGCAAUGCAUAGUUUACAACUUGGAAUAUAUGGAAUGCCUGUGGCAGGAUGGUAUGGCUGUUCCACAGACUAUCAAUUACACCCUCUAUUAUUGGCAUGAAGAUCUGGAGCAAACAAUGCAAUGCAAUAAUUACAUUAAACAUCAGGGGCGUACUGUUGGUUGCCAUUUUCAAAGUGAUGAUCUGAUUGAAUUCACUGAUUUCAACAUAUGCAUAAAUGGCUCCUUGGAAAUGGAACCAGUGAGACCAGCAUACUUCACCUUACAGCUUCAGGAUUUAGUUAAGGUAGCAGCCCCCGCUGAGGUAAAAUUGACAUUAUCAAGCGCAGAUACCAUUUCUAUCCAAUGGGAACCCCCAGCAGGAAAAAUCAAGCCUCACUGCCUGAAAUAUGAGAUGCAGUUCCGUGGCAAAAGCUCUGACUGGGAGGCUAAAGUCAUUUCUGAGGGAGUUACCUCUACUACUUUGAAUGCGACAACGAACACAAUAUACUGUGUCCAUGUGAGAGCAGCUGUUAAUAUGUUCUGCGCUGAUGAUAGCUUUUGGAGUGAUUGGAGCUCUGUUCAUUGCUUAACAGUCCGUUCAGAAGGUGAAGACAAUGUGACCAUCCAACUUAAUGCAGCAAAACUGGUUGUCCUCAUAGCUUUAAUGUCAAUCACAUUGAUACUAACUCUGAGUACUAUUUACUGCUGGAUCAGAUGGAAGAGAUUGAUUGCAAAGAAGAAACUUAACAGGUUGCUCAAUGACAACAUCAAGGACAUCAAAAAAUGCAUCCAUAUAAACUAUUAAAAUAUUGCUCAAACUGACUGAGUACUGCUGAAUUAUGGUAGCUCCCAACUGCUGCAUAGGAAAUGUAUAACUUUUUCAACUUGCAUCUUAAGUUAUUCAAGAACCUAUAAAAAUUCUAUAAAACCUUAAAUAUUUGUAGCACAUAUAGCAAGCACUGACAAACUAUUCCAUUAAGCUAACCCUUAGUGUAACUCCCAUGGUAUUGUUUAUAAAUGAUGCAAAGUGUGGACUUCAGUUAUGAUGACAUAACCAUGCAAAGAUAAAGGGAACAUGGUCCAUGUUGCCUCCAUUAUGGCAAUAUCAACUCCAAAGAUUUGAUCUGUUUCUCCUAUAAUGCCUCCUUAAGGUCCACUAUUGUGAAGGUUGUCUAAAUGGGUCACAGGUGUGGGAGUUGUUGACAAAGCUAGCAUUCAUUGCCUAUUCCUUAAGGUGAUGGUGAGCUGCCUGUCUGAACUGUUGCAGUCCAUGGGACAUUGCAAGAUUUUGACCCAAUGACCGUGAAGGAACAGUAAGAAAAUUUCCAAGUCAGAAUGAAGCAGCUAGGAGGCCUACUGGCAGGUGAAGAUGUUCCCAUGUGCCAACUACCCUUGAUUUUCUAGGAGAUGGAGGUUGCUAGUUUGGAAAGUAUUCCUGAAGAAGUCUUGAUGAGUUGGUGCAAACAUUGCUCUAGUGGUGGAGAAAGUGAAUACUUCAAGUGAUAGAUAAGUUACCUUUUUAAAACUUAUUUAGAGGAUAUGGGCUUUGCUGACUGUAUCAGCAUUUAUUGCUCAUCUCUAGCUAUCUUUGUGAGGGUGAUGUGCCUUCUUGAAUCAUUGCCAACCAUGUGGCAUAGGUACACCUCUAAUGCUGUUGGGGAGCGAGUUCCAGGAUUUCGGAACCAGAGACAGUGAAGAAAUAGUAUAUUAUUUCCAUUUUCAAGGGGCUGAGUGGCUUGGAGUUGAACUUGCAGAGGCUGGUGUUCCCAUGUAAAUGCUGCCCUUGUCCUCCUUGGAAGUGAUUGUGGGUUUGGAAGGUGCUGUCUAGGAAGUGUCAUUGCGCUGCUGUGUUCUGAAUGGUGUCAAGCUUCUUAACUAUUGUCAGAUCUCAACUCAUUGAGGCAAAUGGAGAGUAUUCUGUCAUGCACUGCUAACUUAGCUAGUUAUGUAAUUGGUUACUUUUGGAAGCUGAGUGCCAGGUGUUAUCAUGAAACCAAAUGAUAGGAUUUAUUUUUGUGACCCUGUUUUUUAAAAGAAUAUGUAGGUAGGACUUUUUUUUUAUGUUUUAUACAAAAUAAGCUUUUUGAACAUUGCUUUAUAUCAAGAAGGUUUUUAAAUAUGAUUCUUCCUCAUUGGCGAGGAGUCAGAUACUCUGCUUUUUUUAAACUACAUAAUGCAAAAUGAGCCUUUUUUUCAUCGUUGAAAAACAAUGUCCCUUUGUGUACAUAAUGUCUGAAGACAACUAAAUCACUGUUCAGAUGGUAAUUUAUAGCCCUGUGUUUUUAAUUCUUGGCAAGCUUAUUAAGGUCAAACAAAAGCCAUUUAAGUUGUUAUUUGAAAACACAAGUGCAUUGAAUGUGAAAUGUGACAAAAUGGAAAUGAGUUAAAUGUGCUUUAUUGUGGAGUUAUUUGUGUUUUUUUUUAAAAAGCCAUUUGUAAUUUUAAAUGGCCAUUUAUCAAAUACGUACAUGAUCCAAAAACAUCAGAUACUGUUUGUGUGACUGCAUUAUUGUCCUUUAUUAUCAAACUUCUGUAGGAAGCAAAAUAACUAAAAAGCAAAUGAAGUAGGUGAACAAGAUAAUUGUUGAUUAUGGUUUGUAAUCAUUUGUAAUUCCAUCCUACUCCCCUGCUUCAUGACACUGUGUCAAAAGUUUAGUUAUGGAAGUUUGUUGGAGCAAUAUUAGCAGCAAAACUUCCAGAAGAUUUCCUACUCCAUCUCCUUGAAAAGUUAACAGGCACAAAACUUUCUAUCAGAGGCAAUGAUGCUCAUGUCUCUGAGAACUGUCCAGGUUGCUUCACCUGAAACCAAAUUCAAUUGUUAGAGUAUUAAAUGAUAAAAUGCAAAGCCAUUUGUACAAAGCCAAGUCCCAAAACAAAAUGUAAUGAAGUGAAUGGUGCUUUUAAAGUGGAAGAAUGUUGAAUAGGAUAGCAGAAGAAUCUGCAUUCCUCUUCCAUGUGUCUUGGAAGCUACCAACAGUUAGAGCAGACUGUAGUCUGCUAUCAUAUUCAAACCAUUUAAAAUACUUUGUAGAACAGUUUUCCAGUGAAAACGUGAAGCUUUACUAAUGUAAAUCUGACAGUGUAAAGUUGUACUUUUUGAUAUCAUAUGUAUUUGCCAUUAAAAUGUAAAGGAAACUUUCAAAUAAAAUCUAUUUCUUCAA